GGACGAUCAACUUCCAUCUCCAGGAGCGCGCAGGGUCGCCCACAUUUCAUGCAGUCACCGUCUCCGGUGUCUGCUGCGUCCAACCUGGGACGUCGACGUGGCAUUGUCGCGGAAAGGGGGGGCAACUUGGACGACGUCGGUGACGACCACGACGGGAGGUUACUGUGGGCGGAGCAACGACGGGAGCUGAGGGAGGGUCGAGAGGAAGCAAUCAGGCGGGGGGUGGAGCGUCUGCGGAUGGACGGACAGGCGGAAGAAGUUGAGGAGCCAGAUGUGGGCUUCCGUUCGAAGAAGACGACGACAACAACGAAGGAGAAGGAGGGGACGGGAACGGGGGUUACGCCUCGCCAUCAGGGAACAGCGACAUGGGUGGGAAGGGCGGCAAGACGCAGGCGAAGAGCGGGAAUGGUCAUGGGCGGCCGAAGAAAGCACAAGCUAAGCCGAACGACGAAGACGGCGACGGCGAGGCAGAGGAGAAGCGAAACUUUUGGAGGGAUGGGCCACGCGUACAGCCGGAUGAAGGCGAGGGAGUGGAAAUGGAAUGACGUCGCCAGAAGAUUGAAGAAUGUCGGUGUGGAGAGGAAGGCGGAGAAAUGCGGGCAGAAGUGGGACAACCUCAUGCAGCAAUUCAAGAAAGUUCAUCAUUUUCAAUCGUCGUCGGGGGGAAUCGACUUCUUCCAAUUGAGCGCGAAGGAGAGGGCGAGCAAGGGCUUUAAUUUCAAUAUGGAUCGCGCCAUUUACGACAAGAUUAAAGGGUUGACCGGUUUGAACGAAACCAUUAACCCGAAAAACAUUAUAGACACUGGUGCCUCUCGCGGUGUGCAUUUGCCUUCGACGUCGAAUGCUGAUCCUGAAGCAGUUGGUGAUGCCGACGCCAGUGCGGGGGGAGACGAUGAGGAGGAGGGAUCGACUCGUGGUUCUUCCCAGACGAUGGGCAGCCCUAGUGCGUUUGGAAAGAGGAAGAGCACGCGGCAGCAGACGUUCGUGGCAAUGACCGAUUGCAUGGAGAAGCACGGUGCGUUGAUGGCGGCCACGAUGGAGAGUGCCAGCAAGCGGCAAUGCAACAUUCAGCUACGACAAUGUGAGGCAUUAGAAGCUGAAGUGCAAGUGCAGAAGACGCAUUACGCCACGUCCGAUGAAGUCAGCAAACUCAUGUGCCAUGCGUUGUUGGAAAUAGCAAAGGCUAUUCGCGAGCGAUAGAGUUUGUAGGCAUUGUGUUGUGUACCAGUGGCGCCGUGUAAUGUAGUACUCGGUUGACAGUUGGUGGUUUCCCGUUGUAGUCGGCUUCGUCGGCAAGGUGUCGUCUUCGUUUCGUGUAUGCUUCGAGUGUUGUUUUAGGACGGUUGGGCACAUCGGUUGCCCGCCUUGGUGGUUCGAGACGGGUAAUCCCGUCAUUCAAUUGAAUUCAAUUUGAAUUUGGAAAGUGCAGAAUGCACUUACCGUUGGUUUUAAAUUGUUGUGCUUCAAUCC